GAAUUCUCUUGAUUUCAAAAGUAUACGUACAAACUACAACGAUUCUUUCUCCACUCAAGGUUAGACAAUUAAUUAAGUGGGAUUAUUUAUUUCAACUUUCAUGUGACAAUUACGUAACAGUGUUUUUCAUUUCUCCUCGUGUGAACAUUAUUCGUAUAUUAUUAAAAGGAUUAUUUCUCCACUCAAGGACGGUCUGUUAAUUAGCAAGAGUUAUCAUCGUGUCAACACGUACAAAUGAUAAGGAUUGGCUAGGAAGGGGCCAUAAAUUUGCAAGAAUUCUCCUCUUGUCCACAUUACACGUGUAAAGAUUGAUUUUUUUCCUUGAAGGUGAUACAAUUAACGUCGAUGGUUCAAAAUGGUUCGUUAUAAUAAAUGCGCAGCAAAAGGAUGCUCGAACAAUUCGCGUAAUGUUGAUCUAAGCGUGUCAUUUUUCGGACUCCCAACAGAUUCUAAAAGACGUCAAAAUGGUGUGCCAUCCUAACCAUUGAUAAAGAAAAUAUUACUCCAAACACAAGAGUUUGUGGUAAACAUUUCGCAAGCUCCCAAUUCAAACAAACCCGACUUAUCCGAGAUGCAAGACCAAGGGUCCCUAUCACCCAACCGCCUGCAUCGACUUUACCGAUUAUGCCUGCAUCUUUACCAACUACGGCGAAGAGUAACAAAAUCAUCAUCAAAAAGCUGAAAGACAAGAAUCGUUAUUUAAGGACACGAAGAAGAAAGUCAAAUAUACUUUCGGAGAUUGAGAAGGUAUUUCAAGGCCAUCCGUCGAUGCUUGAGCUAGUUAAAAUGCAGUAUCAAAGGUUUAUAUUAAAGAGACGAAAGCACUAUUCAAUGGAAGAAACAAUUAUCGCCAUCACCUUUUACUACUCUACCACACAGAAAGGAUACAAAUCACUACAUGCUGAGGGCUAUGGAUAUGUUUUAACAAGACGGUUUCAAGAAGAUAUUUUGGAACACUUUUUUGGAUUUCAGCGAGGUAUUCAUGGCUUGUGCACGAAUCCAACCACCAAACAAUUUCGAGAGGGAUUUAAAUGUGGACUAAUUCUUGACCUCAUGCAAAAUAAAGAGGGAAGAAACUGUGAGACGUUUGAUACUAGUGCUGUUGUCCAUAAGUAUGUAGAAAAAUUAUCACUCAUACUUAAUCCUGAACAAAACAAAUUUGUGCUUUCGUCAGGCCAAAUGUCUUUUGCAGACGAUAGUUCAGACAGUGAGUUCGAAGAAAAUGAAAUUGACGAUAACGACCAGUUUCUGACAACUAACCAGCGUAACGACGUUUUCAGAAUUGGUGAGAUUAACGACUUCGAUUGUGCUGAUGAGACUGUUGCAUGCUACGUGGGUAACUGGGCAGCCAAGAAAGUAAUUACGAGAACAAAGUGUGAUAGUUAUAAAGGAAUGCUUCGUUUCAUCGAAGACAAGAAUUUCACUAGUAAUGACAGUUUAUUGCAAUAUAAAGCGUACGAUCUAGAUAAUAUGAUACGUAAUAGGAAGGAACUUUCGUACAUUCAUAUUCUAAAUGACGAACAUAACCUGGCUUUUGUAAAUAUUUUUAAGCUGUUUCGGCUAGGAUGUAUCUUUAGAAUUAAUUCACAGGGCACUAACUUAAGAAAAAAUAUUUGCAAUUUAAUAUUAAGGGACGAAGAAAUCAAUUUGUGGGUGACAAGCAAGGCUGAGUGCAUACAACACAAAAAUUCAAUGAUUCAACUAAUAGUAAUAGCAAAGUUAUAUCAAUUAGUUAAGAGACAUAAUCAGCUAUAUAAACAAUCUAAAAGUUUUGGUCAGACAAGAGCUCAACUUUUGUAUCAAUAACAAUAGUGAAUAAAUAAAAGUCAUCAG